AGUUUUAGAGGUGAAGAUACCCGUAAGAACUUCACAGAUCAUCUCUAUGAAGCUCUAAUGGGGAAGGAAGUCCACACUUUCAGGGACGACCCAAAACUAGACGCCGGCGAAGAAAUCUCACCUGAACUGUUUAAAGUCAUUCAACAGUCACGGUGCUCCAUAAUCAUUUUCUCCGAAACCUAUGCCUUUUCAAGUUGGUGCUUGGAGGAGCUUGCUGAGAUUGUUAAGCAGAAAAACGAGAAGAGACACCAAGUGUUUCCCAUUUUCUACAAGGUGGAUCCUUCUGAUUUAAGGAAACAAAAAGGUAAAGUUGAAGAAGCCUUUGUUGCACAUGAAGAGAGAUACAAAGAAGAUAAAAGCAAGAUCCAAAAGUGGCGAAACGCUUUGACUCAAGUGGCUAACAUCAAAGGAUGGCAUUUAAAUAAUAGGUAA